CCCGGCCCCCCCCGGAUGGGAGGACUCAGCCACAGCUAUAAAUGCACAAAGGAGCUGCGCACCGCAGCCCUCCCUUCCCCGCUCCCGGAUCCUGCCCUGCUCCAGUGCCCAGCCCGCAGCCAUGGCAGCACCUCUGGACCAAGCCAUCGGGCUCCUGGUGGCCACUUUCCACAAGUAUUCGGGCAAGGAGGGCGACAAGAACAGCCUGAGCAAGGGGGAGCUGAAGGAGCUGAUCCAGAAGGAGCUGACCAUCGGGCCGAAACUGAAGGAUGCUGAGAUCGCGGGGCUGAUGGAGGACCUGGACCGCAACAAAGACCAGGAGGUGAACUUCCAGGAAUACGUCACCUUCCUGGGUGCCUUGGCCAUGAUCUACAACGAGGCCCUGUUGCAGUACAAGUAGGGCUGAGCUCCCCUCCCAAUGGCCUCUAAGGGGUCCAAUAAAACUUUUUGUAAAGAUUU